ACGAAUUUCUAACAGCGAAAAUUAUGAAUAAAUCAAAUUUCUGUUUAUUGGCCAUCCUGGCCAUCUUGGCGGCCGUUGUUGCUGAAGAGUUUUAUUCAGACGAGUUCGAUCACAUCAAUCCCGAUGACAUCUUGCCGAACGAUGAGCUUCGAAAUCAGUAUUAUAAUUGCUUCAUGGAUACUGGUCCGUGCGUGACAGAAGAUCAGAAAUUCUUUAAACAGCAUGCCGCUGAAGCGUUUGCAACAAAAUGUCGAAAAUGUACAGAAGCCCAAAAGAAGAAUGUGGGAAAGAUAGUCGUAUGGUACACUGAAAACCGCCCUGAGGAGUGGCUUGCCAUGGUAGAAAAGCUUUUGGAGGACGCGAAGAAGUUGAACAUUGCGCCCGUCAACUAAUGUUGCCAAACAAACAGCACAUUUUGCAUUGUCAUGUUUACUUAAUUGUGAAAUAACAAAUAAUGAUCUCGCAUCUAUGUAGUUUUCCAAGAUAUUAGCUGCAAUAUACGAUACAAGUAUAUGAUGUAGACGCGAGCGAGAUUUAGCAGUAUUACAUUAUUGUACAAUUUUAACUGACAAUAAAAGCCGUUUUGUGACGGGUU